UUUGUUAAGAAGAUGGAGACACAGUGACACUAGUAUUGGUGUGAGCACAGCUCUCAAAUUCUGGUGCUUUGAGAAAAGAUUGCAGCUUUUCUGGUCUAGGGUUUUGUAAAGCCAAUACAAAUUCUCUGGCUUUGUUUUGGGUUUCGGUGGAUGGGAGUGAUUUUCCGGGGAAAAACCCGGCCAUGGGAAAAUCGUACAAGGACUCUCUUAAGGCGCUCGAAGCUGAUAUUCAACACGUCAAUACUCUGGCUUUAGAUUAUCCGAGGGAGAAAGAUGGAGCAAGACUUCAGAUGAGACUAUCCUACAGUCCGGUGGCGAAUUUAUUUCUCUUUCUUGUUCAGUGGACGGAUUGCCAGCUUGCUGGGGCCCUUGGCUUGCUUAGGAUUCUUAUUUAUGUGACUUAUCCUGAUGGAAAGACCACCAUGUCGAUUUACGAAAGGAGGGCCAGCAUUAAAGAAUUUUACGGGGUGAUAUUUCCUUCUUUGUUGCAACUUCAAAAGGGCAUCACGGAUUUGGAGGACAGGAAACAAAAAGAGGUUUGUACUGUCAGGUUCAGAAGAAAGGAUGAGUUGGAGAGAGGAAAACUCUCUGAAAUCGACAUGGAAAGAGAAGAAGAGUGUGGAAUUUGCAUGGAGGUGAACAACAAAGUUGUGUUGCCUAACUGCAGUCACUCAUUGUGUUUGAAGUGUUAUCGGGAUUGGCGUGGACGGUCUCAGUCAUGCCCCUUUUGUCGUGAUAGUCUUAAAAGAGUAAACUCAGGCGACCUUUGGAUUUACACGGAAAAAUGUGAUGCUAUUGACCUAUCAACAAUCUUAAGAGAAGACCGCAAGAGACUAUUUAUGUACAUUGAUAAGUUGCCUCUUGUCGUUCCAGAUCCUAUAUAUCUUCCCUACGAUUCGCAUGUUCGGUGAGGCUAAUGCACAGCUUUUGGAACUGUUUGUAUAUAGCAAACCCAGCUGUGAUUAUAACAUGAACCGCUGAAUUGUAAAUGUACUUGGCCAUAGUUUUGAUUGGCUUCAAAAGUGGGGUUCAAUAUAAGAUUAUGCCAUUAUGGUUUCUGUAAGACGGUGCAUCUCCCAUUCUAUACUUAUAACGUGUUU